AUGCCUAGAACACAGGAAGGAUAUCUCUGGUGGCAAUCCCACACGGAGCGUGGUCUGGAGACCCAAGCUGUUGUUUCCAGCAGCAAUCAUAUCGAAAGUACCUACGAUGUUAUUGUUAUCGGUGCUGGUUUUGCUGGCCUCGUUGCUGCACGAGAACUCGCUGCCAAGGGUCUCAAGGUUCUGAUAAUCGAGGCUCGAGAUCGCAUUGGAGGACGCACUUGGACCGCUCGAGCUUUUGGAGAGGAUUUUGAGAUGGGCGGCACCUGGGUCCACUGGAACCAGCCACAUCUUUACGCUGAACUCACACGCUACAAUCUUCACCGUAAUCUCAAGACUUCAAAUGGAACUCUGAAGCCUGAGGUCACCUAUUGGCAGAAACAGGCCGGUACUAAAUCAGUUCUUGAACCGAAGGCUAUGGAAGAUGUUAUGGAAGCCGCUGAGAGACUUGCCAGAAAAGUCUUUUCCAUCGAUGGGUACACCAGCAAAGAGCUCAUGCCAUAUCCGCAUGACCCAACCCGCCUGGCACCUUGGCGCAAAUACGACCAUCUCAGUGUCCGCCACAGACUUGAUGCCAUUGGGGAUGAGACAGACGAGACUAAGGCAUAUUUUCAAGGCCUCACAAACACGUUCGGUACCUCCCCGUCGAACGAGAUCGGCUUCACCGAGGCCCUCCGGUGGUACGCUCUUGGUGGCCAUUCGUUGACGCAGUUAUUCGAAGAGGCCGGUUUGUACAAGCUUGGAAACGGUGGAAUGACGUCCUUUGCCAAAGCCAUAUUUCAGGAUUACUGCGGCGCAGCUCUUUUCGGCACAGAGGUCACCCAGAUCAGCCAAACCCCAGGCAAGGCUAUCAUCACUACCAAAGAUGGGCGUUCUUUAUCCGCGGGCCGUGUUGUGUGCACCAUACCAUUGAAUGUCCUGAAGACCAUUGCAUUUGAGCCGCCUCUAAGUUCGCUUAAACAGCAGGCAAUCAACAAGGGUCACAUCACUGGGGGCGCCAAGAUUCAUUACAAGCUUCGACAUAUCACUUCUCCAUGGUUCUAUCAAGCACUCCCACCUACACCUUUCUGUUUCGCUUACACAGACCACAAUGGGACAAAGAAAGAAAGUGACGGAACAUACUGCAUUGGCUUCGGACUCAAUGGCGGCAUUUCCAACAUCGAGGAUAGCGACGAGGUGAUUAAGGCUUUCGAUGAACACAUUGGUGCAGAUAACGAAGUUGAUGGUUAUCUGUCACAUGACUGGGUGAAGGAUCCCUUCUCUAGGGGAACGUGGGCUUGUUGGGGUCCGUCAUCCAGCACAGUGUACCUCCAAGAGCUGCAGCUUCCACAUGGCCGCGUUAUGUUUGCAAGUGCAGAUACAGCUGACGGCUGGCGUGGCUUCAUCGAUGGUGCACUUGAGCAAGGAAAGAAGGCUGCCUACGAUGUGUUGCGUGAGCAUUCGAAGGUUCCGAGAGCCAGUCUGUAA